AUGAAGCGGCAUUUGCGAUGGCGGCCGUGGAGCGCCCUCGCGGCGAGGCACCUUCACAGAACUCCCGGCGGGAGCUCCUGCCUCAAGCGCAUGGUGGGCGAGCUCCAGGAGGGGGAAUGGGCGAUCUGGGGCGAUCUAGCGCGGCGACGGCUGAUCGAGCGGAAGAGCCCCGAGAUUUCAUCGCAACAACAGCAGCAGGACCAGCGGAAUUUGAUCGACAUCCUCUCGUACGCCGAGCACAUCCGGCGCUGCGCGUUCAUUCACUUGCUCCCGCAGGGCCGGCGCCUCUACUGGGAGCUUCGAAUCGCCGGCAUGGAUCAGCACCGGUACCUGGGGAAUCUUCUAAUCCAGAUGUUUGGCAAUUGCCGGUCGGUCGUCGAGGCCAAGGCGGUGUUUGAUGGCAUCCGCGAGAGGAAUCUCUAUUCGUGGAAUAUCAUGCUCGUAGCAUAUGCCCAGAAUGGGCAUCUGCGGGAGGCGAGGAUGGUCUUCGAGAAGAUGCCACUUCCAAGCGUCGUGACAUGGAAUGCCAUCCAUGGCGCAUACGCACAGGCGGGGGAGUUCUUUGAGACGGUGGAUUUGUUCGCGAGAAUCCCCGACAGAGAUCCAGUGUCCUGGAACACCAUGAUCACUGUGUAUGCGCAGCACGGGCAUCUGGACGAAUCCAAGGCGACGUUCGAGGCAAUGCCGACGAGGAAUGUGGUGUCUUGGAACUCGAUCGCGGUGGCUUACGUUCGGUCCUUCCAGAUUAGGGACGCCAGGCUCUGCUUCGAUCGAAUGCCUUGCCACAACGUCGUGUCGUGGAACACGAUCGUCUCCGGCUAUGUCGAGCUCGGGGAGAUGGCCGAGGCCAAGGAGCUCUUCCAAAACAUGCCUGAGAGGGACGCGGUCUCGUGGACAGCUCUCAUCACCGGCCUCGCGCAGGAGAGAGAUUUGGAUCGAGCUCGGGAGAUGUUUGAGAGGAUGCCUCUCAAGGACCUAGUGUCGUGGACUGCGAUGAUCACUGCCUUUUCUCACAAUGGUCGGCUCCAAGAAGCGCAGAGCUUGCUCGACAGCUUGGGAACAUUCGACAGUGGCUCCUGGAAUGCGAUGAUCACGGGAUACAUCCAGAACGGGGAGGGACGAGCAGCUCUCCAGCUCUUCCGGCUCAUGGAUCUAGAGGGCGUUGGCAUCGACAAGGUGGGAUUUUUCAAUGCCCUGGACGCGGCAAUCUCCAUCGCCAACCUAGCCGAGGGCCGAGCGGUUCAUACGAUCGCGCGAGACAGUGGCUUCUUGCUAAACCUCCAGGUGAACAACUCGCUCAUCAACAUGUAUGGCAAAUGCGGCAGCCUGGAAAACGCGAGAGAUGUUGCAGUGGAGAUGUUCCAGCUGAUGAUCCUCGCGGGUGUUCAGCCGGACGAGAUUGCUUUCACCACCACUCUCUCGGGAUGCAGUCACGGGGGCUUGUUUAGAACUGGAUGGGAGAUCUUCUCCUCGAUCCAGGACGAGUUUGGAGGGAUUCCUUCCAUGGAUCACUACGCUUGCAUGGUUGAUCUUCUCGGUCGCGUGGGUCACCUGGAGAGGGCCGAGGAGCUCAUCCAGUGCAUGCCUUACGAGCCGCAGCUCCUGACUUGGAGAUCGCUGGUGGCGGCGUGUAAACUCCACGGUGAUGCCAAGCGAGGGAAGCGGCUUGCGAGAUUUGUGAUGAUGCUGGACGAGGGGAUCUCGUCCACUCUAGAGAUCGCGUCGAGCACGUAUGUUUUGGUGUAUAACAUGUUCUCCUCGGCUGGGGAGGAUGCGGAGCUUGUGGAUGGAGUCAAACGAAGGAAGCGAGCUAAUAAAUUUUGA